GAUGAGUCCUGCCAACCGAGGGCAGAUGGGAGGAGCUAGUCCUGUUAACAUGGGCCAGAUGAGUGGUCCAGGCCAGGCCCCCAGUCCAGCCAACAUGGGCGGCAUGGCCCACCCACGAUCUCCUGCCACAAUGGGCCAGAUGCACCCCCGUAGUCCGGCUACCAUGGGUCAGGGCGGACCCUCGAGACCACUCAGCAACCCUGGGAUGGGUCAGGGCGGGCCCACGCGACCCCUCAGCAAUCCGGGCAUGGGUCAGCAGCAAGGGCCGACGUCCCAAGCAGCUGCGGCUGCCAUGGGUGCAGCGGCCAUGGGAGUGCAGCCGCCUGGAAGCACAGCUGGUGCCAUGAACCGCGGGUCCCCUGGAGGAAUGAACCAAAACCCCAGUGGUCCCCCCGGCUCCAGACCAGGCCAGAGCCCCAUGAGCCAGGGACAGGCGAUCCAGGCCCCAGGGAACGGACCGCAGGCUAACAUGAACAGAGUUAAAAGUGGCCCUGCAGCAGUGAACAGUGGACCUAAUGCACCUCAAACUUCAGUGGCCAGUCAAAGGCCAAACAGUGAUGGAAAUAACAGUGUACGGACAUCACAACCCUCGACCCCCAACCCGCCCACCUCCAGCAGUAAUGCCUCGGCCGCAGACUUUGAAUUUGACUUUGGUGAUUUUGCAUCAUUGAUAACUGACUGAGGUGGCUCUGGGGUCGGGCCCGGUGACGCGUGUCACUGCUGUAUAUAUGAAGCAUUCCUGUAGAAGUGUUAUAUAGUGUACAGUCUUAAUUAUUCUUAUUCUUAUUUCAUUAUUAUUGAUAAGAUAUUAUUAUUAUUAUUAUUAUAAUUAUUAUCAUUCAUUAUUAUUAUUCAUUAUUAUCAUUAUUAUUAUUAUUAUUAUUAUUACUAGAUAACCAUUUUUUAUGAUAAUUAUUAUGAUUACUAUUAUUGAAUGGUCCAAGAAUCAAGAGAAAACAAGUGUAAUGUAGUGUAAUGAAAGGACUUGCCAUAUCACUUAGUGUUACUGCCAAGUAUUAAACCCAAGACCACAAGUGCGGCCCAGUGUUGACAGCGGUGGAAGUGCUACAUUCCAUGAUCCCUACAGCAGGGCAGAGCUAAAGUCUACACCCUCAGUAUGCGGCAUCCCAUGAGUCCUAAUCCAGCCUCCAUGCUAAGCCAACCUGGGCAAAACAGCUGAGGAACAAAAGUAUUCAGCCUUCUUCCAGUUUCAUUGAAUUUGUGUCAAGAAUUGAGUGGGCUUGGAUCAGGAGCCAAGAUGCCUAGGUUGGUGUUCUUGUUAAUGAUGGCAAUCCUACUUGUAAAGGACCUUCAUCUUCCUCGGAAAAGAUGGAUGGAAAGUGGGUUCAAAAGAGCAGCCGCCAGAGGCUUGACAAAUCUGGGUCAAUCAUAUUCCUCUCCAUGACAUGGGCCUUGGAGUUCAUUGAAAUCCAACUAGAUGCAGUGUUUUGUUCAGAUUUGAUGUUCAUGGUUAGUAAGUCCUCUCUGAGCAUCUAUGUUGAUUUUUAUCAGACAAAGUAUCAGUGCAAAUGUUGAAAGAAGUGUGCAUAUGUUAAAAAAAAGUAUAUAGGCUUGAACUGCAAGGUCCUAUUUGUGCCAAGUAUGUGUACAAAACUAAUGAUUUGUGACAUAAACAAGUUGUAUUGUUUAACAAAGACACUGUCCUCUGUUGUCAACUGAGAGUGUUGGUUCACUAUGCCCCAGCAAGAUGAAUAGCUAUGUACUCAAUGUAGGUGAUUUUGUAGACUUUUCCUACUAUUGUAAAUUAGGAUCACAAAGAACACCCUUUUUUCUAUCAAGUAGACUUUCCACAACCAUCACUUCCAUUUCCUCUCAGUAUGUCUCCUCCCUUCCUCCACCACCACAACCUCCCCUUACUGCCGCCACAUGUCCCACCAUGCAGUUCAGGCCUUUGGGAGAGAUCCGCCACUGUCAGUAGUGAGUAAAUUAAUUCGUCCAGAGGAAAUCAGUUACGUGCGCGUCGAUGGGUUGACUUUGAAUAUUUACAUUGAAAUAACGAUAUUUUGGAAUAUCACGUAGACCUCCCAAAUCCUGAUUUCACUGCUAACAAUUGAAGUGCAAUGGUAAGAUACCGAAGCUAAGCAUGCCUUGUUUUCCACUUGCACACAUCUAUCUCCCGAGCACCAACGGCAAUGGAUGUGGUAGCUGCGGCUCUUGUGGGUUGUGCUUGGACAGUGAUUAGACACCAGUAUUAUCUUUACUAAACUCCAGCACACACUGCACUUGUUGAUGCUUCUCCCAUACCAAUUUGCCCAAAACCAUUAGUCUAUGCAGUAUUAGUACCAUUGUUUAUUUUGUCAUAGUUAAAAAAGGAUUUUUACCCUGAAGAUUUUUUACAAUUGAGUAUCAUCCCAAAGUAUUUACAAGAUAUGGAGAUUUAGGCAUGAAAAAGCUUCAAUUUAACACUGGAAAGAAACACAAAACUAAACUAUUUUUAUAUGUGACUUGUGCAGCAUAGGACAAGAAAGACAUUGUGCUGAGUCUGCAUUAUUGCAACAUAUUCCUGUCAUAGAGCUUCUCUCUGUUGGGCUUUGUUGUGCAACUUGGUUAUUAUGUACAGCAUUAUCUUCACCCAGUGAUUCUCAGGUAUUUUUGCAGUGAUACAACCCUCCAACUUAUACAUUAUCCCCAUAAAUAAUUAUAUAUUUAUUUCCUUCUGUAAACAUUUCAUACGCUCAUUAUUCUUUGAUCAGCUGCAACGUCUCUUCAGUAGUUGUCAUUAUAUUCUGGAGCCUAUUCAGGGAUAUGACAUUCUUCAGGUGCAUUUCCUUCCAUAUACUUUUUUUUCUCUUGGAGUCGCACAACAAAACCAACAGAGGGGAAGAGAGAAGCACGGGCCCUCUGCUGCAGUCCUGCAACGAGAAUCACACCCUGCAGAUGUAUACCAUAUUGACCACAAGGACAGGAAAAAAAAAAAAGAAUGUAUACUCUGAAAAUGGAAUUCUCUAUUAUAUAUAUAUAUAACAUUAUAUUCUUGUCAGAGUAUUUGAUGCUGGUCGUUCAUGGGCGUGCUUCUCACAGUUGUCUGGGUGGCAGUACGGCAACGUGAACACAGGUCCUUCCUUGAGUGCGUGCUACACGUUCGCCAGUGUACAAACUUGUAGGUAAUAGUCCAUCAUAUAAAGGAAUGAAGGGGAGAUACUGACUUGUCCAUCGGCAUCAUUUUCUUAUUUGAAAUCAUUUGACAUUCGAACAGCAAAAGAGGAAAAGAAGAAGAAAGGAAAAAAAAGAAAAAAAAAAAAAGUUUUAGGAAAUGUUAUAUAGGCAAGAACCAUUCUUCCAUAUCAUUUGUAGGAUCUCCAGAAAGUAUGGUCUGUGUUAAGAGGAAACUAUGACUUCAUGUAAGGGAAUGAUUUCUGGCCAGAUCAGUAGUUGCCCAUAAACGUGCCUAUGAAGUCAGUGAAAACAUUGGUUGUGUAGCAAGUAUCUUUUCCAGAAUACAUAUUUUCUGAAUGUUUGUUAAAGUUCAAAGUGUACAAAUUAAGCCCUAUUUUAAGUGGCAGUGUGUUUUCACUGAUUUUAGGUACAUCAGGUUUUAUAAUGCAAAUUAGAAGUUUGUACAUAAGUGACACAAUCAUAAAUUAUGAGACUUUGGUAGUUUGUGUCACCAACAUUUGUUUUCCAAAUUUCGUAGUGGAAGUGAGCCUUAAAAACCAACUACCCAAGGCUCAUAAUCGGUGAUACUAUCACAUCUUUUACUGAAGAUGGGCAUCAAAGCAUUUGAAAAUACUUCUUCUUUCUUGACACUUUUUUUUACAAAUUAUUUUCAUUUACUGACAUAGAAUAAAAGAUAGAAAAAUUCAUCAUUUUAAUUUUUUUUACAAAACUAUUUUAGCAUGGUAGUAUUGAUUUGGACUUUCGUAACCCUUGUUCUCUCCAAGAUAAAGCUCACGAAGACAAAAUGAAUUAGAAUGACAGUUUAAAAAAAAGCUCAUUUAAAUGGAAUUAAAAUGACACUUUCUACCUAAGGUGCAGCAUGGCUUUUGCUAUUGCAUAUUUAAUUUUAAUAUCAUAUACAGGUUUCUUUAAAUCUUCUUUGUAUUUUCUUACUGUACUUAUUUUAUCAUAGUUUUUAUAAAUAUACAUCAAAGGUGUGUUAUUUUGUAUAAGCAUGUGUCUGCAACAUAGUUCUAAUAGUCAUCAUUCAGAAUAGUGAGAUUCCAGAAGAGUCUGGGUUUAUGUUUGUGAAAUUUAUAAUUUUCCUCUCCUUCCACUCUGUACCUGUCGUCUCAUUUCCACCAGUCAUGCUUUGAUUGCCCGGAGGAGGUUAAUAUCUGGAGUUCAGAUGGAAAUUUUCGUCACCUGGGGUUGCCUAUGGUCAGAUUUCUCACUCCCCGUGAUUCCCUGUGUGAUCAGAGGUAAAACUGGAGAGCGCAUUAGAUUCGUCUGAACUGCAGGUGUACUCGAAUCAGAUUCUUCUCGUGUGACCCCAGACAGUGCCGCACCGCCACCACGACAGUGUCUUGCAUCACCUCGCAUCGUUUCAUCGACUGCACCCCAGCCACCUUUGAAAUCUUGAAGCGGAAAGGCUGUGCUUAUUGUCAGGACUUGAGAACAGUAUUCCUUUUUAAUGUAUUUAUAUAUAUAUCUAUAUAUAACUUUCACCCUUCUGGCUGUACUUGGUGCAUUUUAAUAUUAUUCCUUGUAAAUAUUUUACAGACAAGAGGCUGUUUUUAUGCAAGCUACUGAUUGUUCUGACUAUCUCUACCAUCACCUGUGAUACCUGUGGUAUUGAAGGUAAUGAAAACCCAAGUCUGCCACACUGGGAAUGAUACCAUUUGAUUAUUUUCUUUCUAUUAUCAUCAUUACUAUUGUGUUAAUUUUCCUAAGUUUAGCAGCCCAAGUGACAAACAAGAAACAAAGGUCGCUGAGGUGUUUGUACCGCAAUAAUUGUGGUACAACAUUUAGUUGAGGAGGCGGCUCUGGUAAACUCUGUGAGCACAUUCCUCGAUCCCGCCGUGUCUUGUUGGCUGGUAACUGGCAUAGUGUAAGAUAUGAGGAUUGCCGAUACAGCAGAUGGAAGCUCAAGGGGCACAGAAAAUGAGCAUUUCGUGAAGCAGAAACGUGCUCUAGAGAUGCAGUAAAUGACUGUAUUCUAGGGCAUAGGUUUAGGGGGAGAGCUGUAGCAAGAACACCACCAAGCCAAGGACGAAGAAACAGGAAGGUGGGUGCGGCACACUGACCCCCUGGCCACACCUGUGACCAGAUGAUCUCAGCCGACGUACUUAGGUCACAAAGUCAUUUGCUUUGUAUCAUGUCAUCCACCGGCUGGCAUGCCAUCCUUGCAGAUAUGUACAUAUUGUUGUCAUUUCAAAUGCAAUAAAAUAGUUUCGGUCA